AGUAGGAAGUUAUUGAAACCCGUAUGCCGCUCUAGUUUGUAGAGGACUUCCAGGUUGAUUUUCGACUUUUCUUACAUCUACUUUUGCAAACAUGCCCUUAAGAUAGAAGAAACCUUUGGAAAUGCACUAUCUACAUGUAUUUGCCUUGUCUUUGUCUGCGUCGCUGUUUGCGGAAGCUUCACUCCCUCUAGUCAUAAACACUUGGCCGUUCCAAGAUGCAACUGCAGCAGCGUGGAGCGCCUUGCAGAGGGGAGAGAGUGUGCUGGACGCGGUGGAGACGGGCUGCGCGACCUGCGAGCGGGAGCAGUGUGACGGCAGCGUGGGCUAUGGGGGGAGUCCAGACGAGACCGGAGAGACAACGCUGGACGCCAUGAUCAUGAAUGGAGACUCAAUGGAAGUGGGUGCAGUGGCAGAUCUGCGCAGGGUCAAGAACGCCAUCAGCGUGGCCCGAGCCGUGAUGGAACACACCACACACACACUGCUCGUAGGGGAGAUGGCGUCUGUAUUUGCACAAAAUAUGGGUUUCAAAGCCGAAGACCUCACGACAAACACCUCCAAGAGCAUAUUUGCCAAAUGGCUGGGACAAAAUUGCCAGCCCAACUUCCGGAAGAAUGUGUCUCCUGAUCCCAGAACAUCUUGCGGGCCCUACAAACCCAGUGUGGAGGUGAAGAGGAUGGAUGAGCAGAACCACACCAGGCUGGACGUCCACUCGCAUGACACCAUCGGAAUGGUUGUGAUUGGUCGUAAUAGGAGUGUGGCAGCUGGGACAUCCACCAAUGGAGCCAGGCACAAAGUUCCCGGGUAUAAGCCCAUUCUAACUGUUCGAGUAGGGGACUCUCCUAUCGCUGGUGCAGGGUCGUACGCAGACAGUACUGUGGGAGGAGCCGCUGCCACAGGCGACGGUGAUGUGAUGAUGCGUUUCCUGCCCAGCUUCCUUGCGGUGGAGCUGAUGAGAAGGGGCAUCGAUCCGGCCAGCGCGUGUAAAGCUGCCCUGACCAGAAUCAAGACGUAUUACCCAGGGUUCUUUGGCGCCGUCAUCUGUGCCAACAUCCAAGGAGAGUACGGUGCAGCCUGCAACCGUGUGCCCGGAUUCAGUCAGUUCUCCUACAUGGUGUCCACCCCCCUGACCAACAACCCCCUCCUUAAGAAGGUGGACUGCUUCUGAUCACUGAGCAGGUGGCUUAUCUGUUAUGUAGCUGUAAAAUAACUGUUGAUUUAUUUUUUAAUGAAAUUGUGAAAAUUGUUUAACUGCCUUUUAACUAAUAAUGUUUUAAAUAAACUUUUUUUUUUACAAUA